GUUGUUGACUGGGUGCAAUGAACAUAUUUGUGACUAUUUCAUCUGCAGCAAAGAAAAUAUAAACAUCUGUUUUAGCUUAUCUCUCAAAAAAGAUUAUAAAACAAGGCAGCAUCACCUUUAUGUUUAGAUCUGCUGUUUGAUAUAUGUCUGUUUUUUUGCUUACAUGGCAUCCAAUAACUCACUUACAGAGCAAGCUUAUUCCAUAAACAUUAACUACAAAGUCAUUUUAGUUCAGGCUUUAGUAUGUGUUUUUCUCUGCAUAAACCUUUUCCUGAUCACAACUUUUUUUCUGAAAGAUUACUUUUACACCACCACGCGCUACGUCUUAUUUGCCGUUUCACUGUUCUCUGACUGCCUGUUUCUGAUAAUGACAGACGUGCUGCUCAUACUGAGCUACUUUGGUUUAACCAUCCAGAUGUGGCUGUGUCUUAUUAUCUACAUUGUUUUGUCGGUGUACACAUUUGUUACACCGUUCACGCUCACUGCGAUGGUCCUGGAGCGUUACGUGGCAAUCUGCAUGCCCCUGCGGCACGCGGAGCUGUGCACCACCCGCACCACCCUCCAUCUUGUCCUCAUUAUCCACAGUCUCAGCUCCGUGCCCUGUGUUGUUAUCAUCUCUAUAUUUUUCGCGUCCUCUGCUCUUUCUUUCUACACCGCAGGCCGGAUAUGCUCCGUGGAGAUGUUCAUCCUGUACAGAUGGCAGGGUCACCUGAGAUCGGCCAUCAGUCAGUUUUACUUCCUGAUCAUGUGUGUUGUGAUUGUGUUCAGCUACAUUCAGAUCAUGAAGGUGGCCAAAGUCGCAUCGGGGCAGAAUAAAAAGUCGACGUGGAAAGGCCUCAGAACUGUGAUUCUCCACACUUUCCAGCUGCUGCUCUGUCUCAUCCAGCUGUGGUGUCCCUUCAUUGAAGCUGCUGUGCUUCAGGUUGAUUUCAUGUUAUUUAUUAAUGUAAGGUAUUUCAAUUACAUAACUUUUAUUAUAGCUCCCAGAUGCUUGAGUCCUCUGAUCUAUGGUCUCAGGGAUGAUUUAUUUUUUCAGGCGGUCAGUUACUAUGCUCUCUGUGGUUUGUACAAGAAACAGCCAUCAUGUUGA